GGCAUGCGCCACGAAAGUUCGUGUCGGUUGUAUAUAUUGUAAACGCAAGGUGUUUUCUGGAUAAGUGAAAUUACUUUUGCAAAUCGUUUAUUACGAGCUAAACAUUGAAUUUUAAAUUAAAAAAUAUAUUAUUUUGACUUAAAUAUAUUUAGUGGUGCUUUGACAUUCAAGUUAAGUUGUGUUCCUGUGAUUAAAAAUUAAAAAGUUUUAUAUCCUGUUCGAAGUUUGAAACAAGGCCGUGAAUCAUUAGCGCUUAAUUUAACAGAUUUUCUUUUUCACCAUGGGAAUGAAAACACUAUUAUGAAAAGCAACAAUGUUAAUCGCUGUCUCGUAAAUACGAUAACGAGAAAACGAGACAAAAACUGCGUUUGAAGAAAUGUGACAUAACGCCAUCUAGGGGUAACCGCUUGUAUUAGAAAGAAAGUGGCUCGAAACGAUAACGAUGAAGCUAAAUUUAUUUAAGCGGUCGAUGAUUUUCGCGACUUUCUUCGGGUCGUGCCUGUGUAUAGCGCUGAUUGUGGCGUCUUUGGGGACGAUACAUUGGGUGGACGCGAGAGCUAGAAGAUUGUCGAAUCCAACGGAAUCCGAGGGAAGAAUCAGUUUUGGACUGUUUGAAGGUCACAAGGCAUUGAAUUUCGGCUAUGGCUGGAGGAAUCAUGAUUUUAGCUUAAAAGCUGGUAAUCAUCCAGCUCGACGUUGGGCGUGGUGCGGGACCGCGGCACAGUUGGCGGUAGCAUUGGCUGCCUCCGCUGGAGCCUGUAUCUUGGCUGCAUUGGGAUCCGCAGCAAGGAGUCGUUGCUCGCCACGACCUUUGCUUUUAUGUAAUAGUGCUAUUGUUCUUUUCACGUUGGGCGCAAUAGCAGUAUGGUUAACGGAGUUCUUCCUCAGAUUGCAGCACAAUGUCAUGUCAGAUGAAGAUCUAGCGAACACGUGGACGUCGGACAUGACAGCUGACUUGGGACUCUCUUUUUGGCUCAUAGUAGCGGCGACAAUAACAGCAUUUAUAAAUAAUGUAUGUAUCCUCAUAGCUGCUUCAGAUGGACGAGACGUAGAUACCAUCGCGCCAGCCUUAGAAGAGAAGGUGAAUGGGGCGAUCAUGUUGUAUUAAUAGAGUAAGUGGAUGAAGUGGAAACCUAAGUGGAUAAAGGUGUUGUGUCGCGUUUCUAAACUAUGAAUUUGUGGCAAUAAAUGACAAUUUCAAGUCUGAAGCUGAAGCUGCCAUGAUGUGUAUAGUACACGCUUCAGCUUACAUAUUUAAGCUUUAAGAGCUAUAAUCGUAUAAAAGAAUGUCAUUUUUUAAUCAUAUUUUUUUUAAUGACACCGUCCACUUACGUCAUCAAACGUUAACUAGUGAUGUAGUUUAACUAUCGACAAAUCGAUUGUUGAAAAUGAGAAUCGUUUGAACACAAAUAAUUAAAAAUAGUGUACAUUUUUAACUCGAUAAGUAUGAAUUAUUGUAAUCUAUGCAGUAUUUUGGACCUGGAAGUAUAAACUAAACACUAGAUGUUUUUAUAGUUCGUAAUACGAAUAAACGGGAAUAAUUCAAUGGAAAAAUACGACGGUUAAUUAAAAAGUGAGUUAGUUCUGAACGUACUUAUGAGUAAUUUACAAAAUAUAAUGCAUUUAACUGCACUCGAUGUUAGUUCGGAAUGUAUUGUAAGCAAUCUCUAAACUAAAUUAUGGUUGAAUUAAAAAUAUUCUUAUCUUCAAAUAACCUUGGACUGAAAAAAAACCGCCAAUUUUCUUUUCGCGCCUUUUUACUGUCGAACGUCAGCGCUGUGAAAAAUGACUUUUAAGAUAAUAUAACAACUCAUACAAAUAGCUUAAUCACAAAGUGAUUUAUCUAAAUAUAAUGAUGUAUAAGAAAUAUUUAACAAUCUGCAAUUUUCUGCAGCACAACUGACAUUGUCGAUCUCCUUAUCAGUCUUCGCUUAUUUUGUUACGCCAUUAUUAGUGACGUUUGCGUACUGCGCGUUAACCAAUCAAAAUUAAUUAAUACUUUGUUUAAUAAUUGUUAUUUAGACAUACAUAACUUCUUAAUUUUUUCCGUUUACCAUGUCGAGUUAUGCAAUUAAAGUUUGGGAAGAUCAAAACCCUUAAAAAUAUCUAGAAGCUUCGAAAUUUUUCUAAAUAUUUUUUUUGGUUAGUUGUAUUUACAAAUUUUAACAAACCAAUAACAACCGACCGAGUCCGACCAAGUAAUGUACGCGCGAAACUAAAGGUUGGCAAGUCAUGUCAUAUUAGUACAUUUUGUUGUUAAUAUUGUUCAGUAAGAGUUAUGUUGAAAAAUAGUAUUAUACAAGUAUUAAAAAACAAAUUUUACAAUUUAGUAAAUUAUAAAUUAAAUGAGCACAAUGUUUAAAAAUACUUAUUAACACAAUGUACUUUAAUUUGAUGAGUAUAAGUGACCGAUGUGUAACCUAUUAUGUAUAAAAUGGAUAGCACGUUGCAAUCUAAUUUGAUCUGGAAAUUUUCCUCGUACCGUCCGAAGACAAACUUAUUCCAAAUACUAUUUAUAUUUGCAAAAUUAUAAAUAACGUUGAAUAAAACAACAGACAAUACGUCCUAACAUAUUUUGUCUUUAGGUGUUCAUGUGGAAUAUUAUAGCUGUCAUGGCAUAAAUGAUUUAUGACAGCCGAGCACAGCAGUGAUAUCCUGUAAGAACUCACUUUAUUGUUCACCCGCAAAAUGGUCGCAACCGACUUAUCGUGAUAUACUAUUUUGAUGCGUGUAUACUUGAAAUCAUAUAAUAAUUAUGGUCAAUGUCGCAUAUCACCUUCUGACAUUUCUGCGGCGAGUUUCGAGUUUGUUCUUAAAGAAUAAAGCUACUGAUAACAAAUAUCUACAUUUAUUUAAUGAAGGCCGUGACCACUGAUAUGACCACGACAUUGCAACUCUGUGUAACGUGUUGUGCAAUGUCGAGUUAUCUGCGCCUGCGCUUCAUAAUCAACUGCACUUUUUUACGUGUACGUGUGUUUCUUUACAUACAUUCUGAUUCUCCAUUUUUAUUGCUAAUUUCUACUAUAAUACUGCGAACACACUAUGUUACCAACACAAACACACAUGUUAAAGGUGUCACAAAAAAAGGUAUGACGAUAAUUGUGUAUUGUAGAUAGUACGCGUACCGUUUAAAGUUUACAAACUGACUUCCAUUUAUAAAUGUAUUUAUAAUAACUUUAUUGCUCACAUUUAUUCAAAAAUUAAGUGAUAAAUAAAUGCUCAAAUAAAAUGAACUCAAAUGUCCGUCCAUUACGUGGGAAAAUUGUAGUUGAGAACUGUAACCCUAUUCCAAUCGAAGGAGUAAAGAUAAACAAAUUAGAUUUACAAUACAAUGCGAUUUGCUAAUUGUUCUGCUGUGUUAUGCACUACGAACAGUUCUUGAUUAAUUUACAUAUAUUUAUACAAUAUCAUUCCACUUAACUAGUUAUAACCACUUUUAUUUAACUUCCAAAGAUAACAACUUCGCGGAUAUUAGAAACGCCAUUUUCCCGCGAAUCCAUAGUCAAUAUCAUAGACUAUUCAAGAUCUCGACCAAUGUCGCGUCAAUUAAAUGUCAAAGUCGUUUAUUUGUCUUUACUUUUCUUGUGGUUGGAAUGGGCUGUAGAAUGUUUUAUUUAUAGUUGCUAAGUCUUAGUUAAGUGAUAAGGCUGAACUUUAGCGGUAAAUAUAUAAAAAGUUAAAUACAUUUAUGUAAAACGUUAUUUUUAUGGAGUUGAUUAAAACGUGGCUCGUAACGAAUGUCUUGUAGUAUUAACCUGAAUCAGAUAAUUGUUUAUUUAAAUCAUUUAUAAUGAACUUUGAAAAUCUACUAAAUAAUUUUAAUUUUACUUUAAAGCGUUGGGUCUUUUUUUAUUGUAUUAGAUUAAAAAAAAAAUGAAUUCGAUUAAAAAAAAUAAUGAAUCAUUUUAGAAAAAUAUGUCUUGAAUGUAUUUCUUUUGUUGUGUUUUAAUUAUUAGUGCCAUUAAGUUAAGUCUUUUGUAAUUAUUUUUCCACAGUAACUAAUAUUUAUAUUUUGUAUUUUUUAUUGUAAUU